UCCUCAAGAGACUAGAUCCACUUCUGGACAUUGCAUUAAGUCUGCCAUCUUUCUCCAGUUGUCAGCCAUGCUUUCCUUCGCCGCCCUCACCCUCCGUCUAGGGUCCACAGGAUGCAGAGGAGGCAGGCGCCACCUGGCGACAAUUGUCUCGGGCAACAAGACGUCUCAGCUGGUGAGAGAAAGGUUGAAAGAGGACUUGGACAAGAUGAGGGGCCAGUUCCCUGGCUUCCGGCCAGGUCUGGUAGUGUUGCAGGUGGGUGACAGAGACGAUUCUAACCUCUACAUUAGCAUGAAGCUAAAAGCCGCAGCUGAGAUUGGAAUCAAUGCCAGCCAUGUGAGACUGCCAAAGACUGCAACAGAGGAUGAGGUCCUCCGUAGAAUUGUAGAGGUCAAUGAGAACCUAGAGGUCCACGGCCUCAUUGUCCAGCUGCCACUGGACUCUAUCAACCCCAUGGACACAGAGAAGGUGACUAAUGCCGUGGCCCCAGAAAAGGAUGUGGAUGGGCUGACCAGUAUCAACGCGGGGAAGCUCUCUCGGGGGGACCUGGGGGACUGUUUCAUCCCUUGUACUCCUAAAGGCUGCAUGAAGCUCAUUAGCCAGACAGGCACGUCAGUGGCAGGGAAGAACGCUGUGGUGAUUGGCCGUAGCAAGAUUGUGGGAGCGCCCAUGCACGACCUGCUUCUAUGGAGCCAUGCCACCGUGACCACCUGUCAUUCCAAAACAACUGACCUGGCUGCACAAGUAACACCAUCUAACCUGACCCCAGAUCUGUGUGCGCUGUCUUGCCAACUGCAUUGCUGUCAUUUGGUGUGACAGUGAUAGAAAUAAAGAGAUGGCAGAACAGCACAAACAUAUCUGGACUCAGGCUAGCAUCCCAUCCCCUUCUUGAACAAUCUUCCAACUGCGUCCUAUAAUCACUUAGUUGAAAGUUCACGUCCUUCCUCUCACUGUUUUUUUUUACUGCAUCUGUUGAAGCAUGAAAUGGUCCCCUCUUGUAAUCGUCACCUCCUCUUGAAUCCUUGAGCACCAUUUAGUGCACUUUAUUUUUUAAUAGAUUCAAAAUUGUCAUUAAAAAAGUUGCGUUCAUCAGCUAACUCCACAAAUGCGCUCAGUUAUGUUCUAUUUGGCUAAGCACCUUUAUUUAGAUG